CUGUUUGCAGCCUCGCUGUUGCUGAUAUGCAGGACUGCCGAUUUUUGGCUGGUCUUUCGGACACCUGUUUGCGAAGGGAUUUUGAGUGGAAACGGCUUCAUUUCGAUUAAACUCGACAGCGGAAGAGAUCCAGUCUCGAUCCCUGGGAGCGUGCAACAACACCCUGCCCCCUUCAUAACAAGUGAAUCCUUCCAUCGGAGUUUCUGAAACAAAAAUGCCAUUUCUGAGGCCUCGGAAGCCCAAAGAAAAUCGGUGGCAUGAGUGGGAUCGGAUUGCGCAGAAAAACGGUUUAAAAAGCACCGUUUACUCAUUAAGCGGGGACGAAUAUACUGGAGAGUGGCGGGACAACAAAAAACAUGGAAAGGGAACACAGAAGUGGAAAUCUAAUGGAGCCGUAUACAAUGGUGACUGGGAAUAUGGAAAAAGAAAUGGUUUUGGGACUUACAGUGUACCAGAUCCAAUUAGUGGAGAAUAUAAAAAGGUCUAUUCAGGAGCGUGGAAAAAUGACAAAAGACAUGGGUUAGGAACCAACUUUUACUCAGAUGAUGACAUUUAUGAGGGCCAUUGGUAUGCUGACAAGAGAAACGGCUGGGGUAGAAUGUACUAUGCAGAUUGCUCUACCUAUGAAGGUGAAUGGUUUGAUGACACUCCCAAUGGUCAGGGAAUGCUUCGUCUGGCCAAUGAAAAUCGCUAUGAAGGCUUGUGGAAAAAUGGAAAGAAACAUGGAACCGGAAAGUUUUUCUUCUUUGAGAAAGGUCAGAUGUAUGAAGGUGUGUGGGUUGACGACAUUCCGAAGUGUGGAAAAAUGAUUGACUUUGGUCGAGAAGGUGCAAUUAAUCCUACUUCCUAUCCAAUACCUCAGAUUAAGCUACGCAAUCCAACUUAUGUUUUGGAGAGAGCCAGAUCAAGAUUUCUGGAUAAAAAUGAAGAAGAUACGUAAUCGUUGAUUCCUCUCUUCCACAAGUCCAAGAUAGCAAAAUUCAAACUACGUAAAUGACUGUCCUUUUCAGAAUGGCAUAUAUAAAUCAAUCUCACAUACACAAACUCUAAAUUUGCCUUUGGUACAAUACUCAACUACACUGACUUGCAAGUUUGCCAAAACUUUCUGCAACAAAUCCAAAGAAAACCUUUCUAUAAAGCAUACAUUCUGUAGCAAAGAAUAAUCUGCUGUGUUUAAAUUGAAUAAUCUGAUGGAUAUACAUUCAUCUAUUACUAGGUAAAUAGAGAUGCUUUCAAUAUUCUCCACUGGAUGAACAUCUGAUACUGUUACCCACAUCUUCAAAUGGCAACUUGAUCCUAAUCUGCUCUUUUUCUUUUUCUACUUGUCUUAUUCCCAUCUUUAAGACUUUUCACACAUUUCCAUUCUUCCUUGAACUGUUUAAACUUUGUGCAUUAUGCUUCUUAUUGCCUUAUGCCAAUAGCACUGCUAUUUAAGCACCUUAUACAGUACAAUACAGCAUAGGAGGAGGCCAUUAGCACACCAAGCUUGCACAGAUUCCUAGUCCUUAUUUAGACCGCUGUUUAUUGUCCAUAUGUGGUUUGUAUCCCUCUGUUUGCCUCCCAUUCAUAUGCUUAUCUUGUGUCUUGAUAAAUGUUCAUGCUUGCACCACCUCCGGUGGCAGUGUGUUCCAUCCUCGGUGUGAAUAAACUUUCCCCAUCUCACCUUGAAUCGGUGCUGUCUUGCAGUUGACCUUUUCACCUUGGGAAUAAGCUUCUGACGAUUCACCCUAUCUAUCUCUCAAAAUUGUAAACCUCUAUUAGGUUGCCCUCUUUGCCUCCACCUUUCCAGUGCAAAGAAUUUAUCCAACCUCUCCUUGUGAAUAAAAUCAGACCAGAAAAUAUCUUGGUAAACCUUCUUUGCACUUUCAUCAAAGUAUCCACGUCCUUCGGGUAGUGUGGCAACCAAAACCACGUUAUAUUCCAAACGUGGCCUAAAAAGCUGUAACAUAACUUGCCAACUUUUAUAUUUGAUGCCCUGACUGAUGAAGGCAAGCAUUCCGUCUGCUGCCUUGACCAUCUUAUCCAUUUAAGUUGCCACUUCCAGAUAUUGUGGACAAUUCCACGUAGAUCCCUCUGUAUGUCAAUGCUCCCAAGGGUUCUGCCAUUUAUUGUAUAUUCGCACUUGAAUUUGAUUUUCCAAAAAAUGCAUCUUGUAUUUGUCUGGAUUAAACUCCAUUUGCUAGUUUUCUGCCCAAAAUCUAUAAUCUACCUGCAUUCUGAUGUAUUCUUUGACACUCCUCCUCGCUAUCUGCAACCCUGCCAAUUUUGGUGUCAUUCACAAACUUACUCAGACUACCUAUAUAUUUCACACGAAAGGUCCCAUAGGUUUGAAAAGUAAUCUUUUUCACCAGCUUGUUUUUGUUGACUGUCUAGUUAAAGUUUGUUAAUCCAUUAUAUGUUUCAGUUUUGAAGAAAUUGUUCAUUCCCAACAUCUGGCUCACCUAAAGAUUUGGUGGCUCCAGUCUUUUUGCUUUAAAAGAUUUCCAGCUUUUGUUCAA